UCCCUUUCACACCAUUUUUACAGUUUUUUCGUUUCCUGAUAUUUACAGAAGUAGCCCUCACUAACAUUCAUACUGCAAUAGAAAAAGACCCUUUUGCCCUUUCAGAGUCUCUCUCUCUCUCUCUCUCUCUCUCUCUCUCUCUGAGCAGAUGCAUCGCAAUUCCAUCACCUCAAUCCGCCUAAUCCUGCUAAAAUCAAUCCACCCUCCAUUUCUACCCGCUUCCACAACCCCCACCAAUUCACUAACAUCCACCACCUCCUUCUCAUCCCUUCAACCACAACCAAAAACACCCACUUCAACCUAUCUCUCCUCCUUCCUCUCCCCCACCCAAACUCCCAAUAUAGUCACUCUCAUCUCCUCAUCCCUUAAACAGAACAAUGGAAUCUUCUCACCCCAUGACAAACAAUUCCUUCCCCAGCUGGGCCCACCUGAAAUCUCAAAAAUCUUGCUAAGGUGCCAGUCUGACCCUCCCACAGCCUCCAGUUUCUUCAAUUGGGUGAUCAAAUCUCAACCAUCCAUCAAACCCACCUCCCAAAAUUAUUGCAUUUUUAUCCACAUCUUGACAUGGUCUCGCAACUUCGCUGGAGCAAUGAAAUCCCUAUCGGAAUUGAUUGGAUUGCAUCCAAUUGGAAACCCGGUUGAUGGUGUUUUCCGGGAUUUGGUUUCAUCGACCGAUGGGUGCAAUUGGGAUCCCGUCAUUUUCGAUAUGCUUAUCAAAGCAUAUGUUAAGAACAGGCGGGCCCGAGAAGGGUUUGAAGUUUUUAGAAAGACUGUAGAGAUUGGGUUUGUUCCCGACGUCAGUGCUUGUAAUUGUCUUUUAAAUGGUUUGCUGAGGGCGGGCCUUUCCAAUUUGUGUUGGGUGGUUUAUGAAGAGAUGGGGCGAAUUGGGGUUGGCCCGAAUUCAUAUACUUUCAACAUAUUGACUCGAGUUGUUUGUAAGGAUGGUGAUGUAGAUAAGGUGGGAGAGUUCUUGGAGAAGAUGGAGGAAGACGGAUUUGAUCCGGAUGCAGUGACGUACAAUAUACUAAUCGAUACCUAUUGCAGGAACAGGAGAUUGGGGAAUGCUUUCUAUCUUUAUAAGAUCAUGUACCGGAGGGGUGUCCCGCCAGACCUGGUUACGUAUACCAUUCUGGUCAAUGGAUUGUGCAAGGAAGGGAAGGUGAAGGAGGCCCAUCAGCUUUUCCAUCGGAUGGUUCAUAGAGGGUUGAAUCCAGACAAUGUUGUGUACAAUUUCCUUAUCUCAGGCUACUGCAAGGAGGGGAAGUUGCGGGAAUCAAGGUCAUUGUUGGAUGAGAUGAUCCAGAAUGGGUUGAUGCCUGAUACUUUCACUUUGGUGGCCCUUGUUGAAGGGUACAAGAAGGGUGGCCGGUUGCUUUCGUUUUUGAAUUUGGUUGCGCAUUUGCAGAGAUUGGGUUUUUCAAUCUCUGUUGAGAUUUAUAGUAACAUUAUCAAGGCUCUGUGUGAGGAAAAUAAGCCAAAUGCGGCAAAAAAUCUCUUGGACAGAAUGUUUCAAGAUGGGCAUGCACCCAAUCUGGAGAUUUACAAUGCACUGAUCGAAGCUUUUUGCACAUGCAAUGGUGAAAUGGAGGCAGUUGGAUUGAAGGAUGAGAUGAUUGAUAAAGGCAUUAGACCUGAUUUGGCUACAUACAGGGCUCUUAUUGCGUGCUUGUGUGGACUGAGUAGAAGCAUCGAUGGAGAAUGCUUGAUGAGAGAAAUGGUUGAAUCUGGCUUAGUGCCCGACUCGGUGAUUUGCGCCGUCUUGAUAAAUGGGUAUUGUAAGGAAAGAGAUUUUAAGAAGGCGGAAUCCCUUCUGUGCUACUUCGCAGAGAAAUUUCAUUUGUAUGAUAUUGCAAGCUACAAUGUGAUUAUCAAAGUAUACUGUGAUGAAGGCAGUGUGGCCAAAUCAUUAGAGCUGCAGGAUAGGAUGUUGAAAUUGGGUUAUGUACCAAAUAGCCAGACGUGCAAGUCUCUGAUCGAUGGAUUGUUGAGAAGUAGAGGACGUGGAUAGUUGGCCCUGCUCAUAUGAAUGAAAACCUCUCACCAUGACUCUGCCUCUUACAUACUCUAGAGCAAAUGAUUGUGGGAUCCUUGUAAUGAGAUCCAGUUUCAAGUCAGCAUUGGGUACUAUCUUCCUCAAUGGGCAAACAGUUCUUCUGGGCUAUUUAGUGGCCGUCUAUCUGCAAAUUGAGAUCUUUAACUUUGUAUGGUGAUCUUAAAAAUAAAAAAAAUAAAAAAAAAAGCUCAAACAGUGAAGAGAAACAAGUGUGAGAAGAAAACCGUACUGCUAACCUACUUCAGGUAACUUACAGCAGAUGUUUUGCUAAUCCUUGAUGCAUGUAUAGCCAAUGCUCCAGCACACAUUCUGAGCCGGCAAAUGUGUGAAUAUCUGAGUGUAUUCUCAACAUUCAGAUAACCCGGCUUAAAAUAAGGGUUGUCAGAUGUGUAUCUAGAUCUGUGUGUACCAAAAACAUCUGAUCCAAUUUAAUUUGGAUCUGGAUCCAAAAUUUUGGACUUGAUUAAUAAAUGGGUUAGUUUCAGGUCCAACAACUCCAAUUAGGUUAGAAAUUGGUUUACCUACCCUUUUAGGUACCUGAAUUUAUGAUUUUUUUAGUUUAGUCCUUUAUUUGUUUAUUGUGUUUAAAACCUUACAACAAGGAUAUUUCUUGUGUGGACAUGAAUAUGGAUCUAAGCCAAUUCUAAAGCAUAAUUCAUUCUCAAAAUUAGAACCGAUAGGACCUGAUGGUAUACCCAAAUUUGGCUUGAUUUGGAUAUGAUGCCUCAUAUAUGUUACCAUAUCCAAACAUGAUAGGGCCUGUGAUCUCAACAACCCUACUCAAGCCCGGUGUGAAAAUGUCCCUGCAUUAAUCACUCCCGGUGAGGAGUCUCCAACAUGAGACCUCCCGCUCUGAUACCAAUUUGUUGUAGCACAAUUAACCACUUGCUCUAAAAGCUCGAAUUGUUAGAGCAUGGUGAAUCAAUCCCUUUAUCUUAUAGCCCAGGCCCCACAUCUCAUGGGUUACAAUCUUAGCCGAAUCCCCCUCAUGGGCCCCAAAUCAUAUGGG